AUGAAACUUUUAUGCUCAAUCCUCUCUACAUUUGUGCCCUUUACCCUGGGCGUCAAACAUGACGACCAGGCGGGAGCGGCUCGUCAGCUUAUGGAUACGCUUCACCAACUGACCAAGUUCUUCACUGGGCACAAGUACGACCGUUACGGAUGCUACUGCUUCCAGAACGGUCUCGAGAACGCCUUCUUCUCCGGCCACGGCGAGAGGCUCGAUGCAGCAGAUUCCGCUUGUUUCAAGUUUCACCAGUGUCAACGGUGUCUCGGAAUCGACAAUGGAAAGCAAUGCGACCAUCUCACAAAGUACAACAUCACUUUCGAGGAAGAUCCUAUCACUUUGGAGAAGUCCGCACAGUGCCACGACGAGGAAAACAGCUGUGGACGGAACCUGUGCGAAUGCUCGGUCGCUUUUGCCAAAGACAUGCAGCGUGUAGAAACAGACGCCGCAUUUGAGUGGAAUCUCGCCUUCUCGAAGUACUCGAUGGAGCGCGAAGAUCUCUGCGGAGUAGACCCCAACGCGAACACCAACAUCCGCGCCAAAUUGGUCAGCCCCGUCCAACUCAAAAGCUCUGGAAAAGACAACAACACCCAGUGCUGUGGCGACUACGCCAGCCACAGAUUCCCAUUCGACUCUCAGACCAAGGGCUGCUGCGGCAACAAGCUUGGUACUCCAGUCACACUCUCGAUUCUCUCCUAA